AUGCAACGCCUGGCGCGCCUGGUGCGCCGCUCGCCCUGGGUCUGCAACGCGCUGCUCUACGGCAGCCUCUUCGCGGCGGGCGACGCCGUCCAGCAGCAGCUCCGCCGCCGGCCGGGCCAGCGCGCCGACUGGGCUCAGACGGGGCGGGUGGCGCUGGUGGCGCUGACCUUCCACGCCAACUUCAACUACCUCUGGCUGCGGGGGCUGGAGCGGCUCCUGCCCGGACGCGCCCCGGCGGCCCUGCUGGCCAAGGUGGGCUGCGACCAGCUGGUGGGCGGCCCCGUCGCCAUCCUGGCUUUCUACUCCGGCAUGAGAAUGCUUCAAGGAAAAGAGGAUAUUUUUGCUGACUGCCGGCAGAAAUUCUGGAACACCUAUAAGCGAUCAGAGGUCUCCAAAAUCAACAUUAUCUGCCAGUCCAUGUUGAAAAAUCAUACAGUAUUAAAAUCUCAACCAGCAAUU